AUGGCAAGAUAUUCACAACCAUCCUUCGACUUCUAUCAACAAUCUCCCUCCACCCUCGAUGCCAAACCCGCCUUUCCAGAAGAAGACGACAUGAGUGUAUUAGAUGACAAGAUCCUGGACUCUACCUCUCCCGAUCUCUCUUCCUCGCGACCCUCUUCCUAUGAUCAGCCGCAGGAUGCCUUUUCCUCCUCACAUCGAGACUCCGUCUGGUCCGACUUCUCCCAUCAUCAACCUGUUUCCAACCCCCACCACAACCACCAGUCCCGUCACCACCACUCUCAUCUCUCUCACCAUCCUCUCUUCGACCAAACCCCCAACCAUUUCAUGCGCGUGGACGGGCCGCAUCCCGGCUACAAUCAGCAGCCGUCCUGGUCGAUGGCCAAAGAGUCGGGUUCCUGCACACCCACCGCGGUGUAUGAGCACUACUCGUCCGAUCUCGAUCACAACUCGUCCGCUCCCUUCGCUGGAGGCGCCGUGGGUCCCGUCAACCCCAUGAACAUGCCGGCCAUGUCCUAUCGUCAAGGGAUGGUCUUUCCCGGCGCUGGGGCCGUCGCCAUGUCCCCCCAGUCCAGUCAAGGUUGGAUGCCCGCCGCCACCGACAUGCCCGACGCCAUGUCUCGUCCCACCAAGAGUCCUACCUAUCGGAACAGCUCCCCGUUGAGUGUUCGUCGAGACGGUAUCCGGAAGAAGAACGCUCGCUUUGAGAUCCCCGCCGAACGGACCCUGAGCAACAUCGAUCAGUUGAUCAGUCAGUCCACCAACGAGGAGGAGAUCAAAGAGUUGAAGCAGCAGAAAAGGCUCUUGAGGAAUCGUCAGGCUGCGCUGGAUUCCCGUCAGCGAAAGAAGCUCCACACAGAAAAGCUCGAAGAGGAGAAGAAGCAGUUCACCCAGGUCAUCAGUGAUCUCGAGGAAGAGCUGCAGAACAUGAGACUACGUGAGGCGGAACUUCUGCGGGAGAAGGGCGAGUGGAUGAGUGCGCAGCAGGAGAUCACCCAGUAUAUCAACUCCCUGCACAUGGACAAGGAUGAAAUGAUCCGUGUCCACACCCUGGAAACCGCGGAGCUGCGGAAGAAGAACAACAUCCUGAAGGAGACCAUCGAGAAGCUGGAGCGCCAGGCUCGGCCAUCCGCGCCGGCCAACAUGGCCACCGACUUUUCCGAUUUCGAGAAUCUGACCAUGGAUAGCAGUCCUUGGGAAGACUUCACCAUGGUGAACAAUCUCUCACUGGACGCAGAACCUGUUCCCGCCCAGUCUUCGGCGCUGGUGGUCUCGUCGACCGAGAAAGCCCCCGAGAAGGCAGCGAACAACGACUACCCGUUCAGCUGGAAUGCCUUCUAUAUGUGCCUUCUCUUCGGGGCCUUUAUUGCCUCGAACAACGUCUCCCUGUCCUCUCGGGCGCUUCCUCAGCUCUCGGAAGAGUACCGCGCGGAGUCGGCCAACGUCCUGAAGGCGGUCUUGUCGGCGUCCCCGCCAGAGCUCGCACAGUCCAACAACCACGCCGCUCCGGCUCCCUCCGCGGCGUCUCUGCCGGCAACUAUCACCGGUGCGGAGAUGGCCCAAAUGACCUCGGGCACAGUGCCUCCAUCCAACCUGGACGAGCUGCACAACACUCUCGCCAUGCCGACCAAGGAGCAGCAGCAGCAACAGGUCUUCUCCCUAAAUGCGGACCAGUACAACUCCCUCACCACCUUCGAGGAUACGGGCGUCGAGUACAAGCAGCAGCAGCCGUCCAACCUGCAGCAGGCAUUGGCUGCGAUGCGAGGCAACGCGGCGCAGAAUCGACUCCCCAACAAGGCCACCUCGGACGUCUACUCCCGGUCGCUCAUGUGGGAUCGCGUUCCGGAAAAAGUGAUUCGGGACUUCCGCCGGAUGGUGCAAGAGUUCGGCGCGACGCCUGUCAAGGAAGAAGCGGGCUUCGGUCGUCCCUGA